AUGGAAAUUAAAGACCAGUGGCCAUUUCUUUUCGAAACGGACAUGAUGUUGCAACAUUUUGAGGAGCUUAUGGGAUUCAACCUCCAGGUUAUAUUGCAACGUAGUCUUGAAGAAAAAGCAAGUGUCAUCUAUGAUUUUAUGAAGCAAGAGCAUCCGAGCAAAAAGAAAGUGAGAGAGUCCUUGUUGGAGAUUGAUACCGCUAUGGCCCUGGACGAGAGCAAAAUUCCUCAAAUGGCUGGGGUAUAUUUACUAUUACUUGCAUACUUUGGAGAACCAGAAGAUAUGAUGAUAAGAAGCUAUGAUGUAAGGCAAUCAUAUUUCCUGAUUUUAGCUUUGUGAAAUAGAUAGUUACUGUGAGUAUAGGGCAAAGUCACAGAAUAUAAAGAAGUAAAAGCAACAAAAUUAAGAUAACUUCAUACAUGUCCAAUACUAACGCAAAUGUCCAAUGGACAUAUGAAAUGUCCAGUGGACAUACAGUAUGACUGUCCAUUGGAUCCAAUGGACAGCUCAAAUGUCCACUGGACAUAUGCAUGUCCAAUGGAUUCAUUGGAUUGGAUCCAAUUUUGUUGCUUGUUCUGUCAUUAUUUUUGCUUUAAUUACUUAACUAUAAUUUCUAACUGUAAUCUUAUCUGGCCAAAAGCUCAUGCUAACAGGAAUCGUGAUUGGCAGUCUGGUUGGUAUUUUGGCUGCUGUGAUUCCAUUAAGGUGCAAUGUGCCGUGGUGUGCCCUAGUUUUGCUAUUAUAGUUUGUCUAACGCCCGCCCUAUAUAUACCUUAUUGUGUUGACACAGUAUGAAUCAAAUCAAGCACAUUACGUUUUAAGUUCUCAUGAAUUUGCACUUCUUUGUUGUCAUUCCAGGAAACAGCGACAGUUGAAGAUGUUGUGUCGGACUCCAAGAUUCCAAGUACACCUUUCAUUGCUGUAUUUGGUAAGUGUAAAUUUAUUACUGUUUUUAGACAUGACAUAAAGUAUAGUUUGAUAUCAUUUAAACGCUUUCUAUGACAAAUUUUCAUACGACAAUUUUGUUUACGGAUGUGAGCGUGUCAGAAAAAAGGUGUUUAUCGCCGCCAUGACAGUAACAUGAUAAAAAUCCGAUGGCCAAUUACAUCAAAUGCUCAGAGUGUACUUUGACUUGUUUUCUUUGUUGAUCCAUACAGACGAACAAAAUUUGUACUUUGACAGUUUUUCAAUGACAAGUGCACUUAUUCAAGCUAUAGCUAGCUAGCAUGCUAGCUUUUGAACAAGUGUACUUGUCAUAGAACAAAAUUGCGCGCACAGACGAGCGAACAAAACUUGUCACAUAAAAACUUGUCACAGAAAACUCGCUCGUAUGUAACCGGCUUAAGUAUUGUAAAUGAAAUUAUUUGCACUGCAUCAAAAAAGAUUUAACUGCAUGGUAUAACAAAUGCUGUUUAUAUAUAGGAGAAGUGUUCGAAGCCAAGAGAUGUGGGUUGGUGGUCGAUGAGGUUAUGGUUAAUCAAUCGAUUAACGGAAUCACAGAAGGAAUGAUGAUGUUGUUUGCGUCGUACUUCGUGCUCAACAUAAUGUAUCCCAAUGAAGUUGCAGCGACACUUGAGUUUAUUCAGAGGUACAGUCCAAUAUACUGUGUAAAUUUGAAAUAUUUUAGCAAUGUGCAAAAAAAAACAGAAAUUAAAUCUGUACACUUCAACACUUUUAUAUACCUCUUUUUUUAACUUGUUACCAUAGAUGUUUUGUUGACAUUAAUCCUAACAGAGGAAACAAGAGAGCGAAGACAAAGGGGAAGCAGCACACUGUGAAUCCAAAGGUCCUCUCACUGGCUAAUUGUCUCAAAGAUCACGCGAGUCAGUGGGUUUUGUAAUUUCUUUAUUGACAUUUUCAUGGCGUAUAUUGAAAUGUAACAUUUGUUUAAACGUUAAACAUGAACUUGCGAUUUGCAAUAUUAAUUCUGUAGUUUUGUUACAUUUGUUCAGUUCUGUAUAUUGGUCAGACAUCGUACAACUUGCAUGGUUAGUUUUGUUGAGUUUAUUGUACAGACUGUAUAUACAUUAAGAAAGCUGGAUAUACUGCAGAGUGUCCCAA